AUGGCGAGGAGCUGUGCGGAGCGGGGUCAGUGCUACUGCUCUCCAGCAGGGGGCACAGUGGAGUUCUGCCACCGCCUGCCACUGUUCCUCCACCAGCAGGCGUAUCGGGAGGGCGAGGAGCAGCAGUGUGUGCUCCCGACUCCUCCGCUGUCCCUCAGUCACCCGUGCCUAUGUGUGGAGCCCUGCUACUACAUCCACAUCGCCCACCCGGGGCCCACAUCGGCGGACAGACCUCUGCCCUGCACACACACACACUGCUGCCCCCGCGGGGUCUCUAAACUGCUGCCUGCCGCAGGACUCACACUCCCGCUCCCGCACACAGCCUACUGCUGCCUCUGCCCGACUGGCGGACUCACCUACACCUUCCAGACGCUGCCCGAGAUGGUCUGCUCCUGCUCCUGCUCCUUCAGCUGCUCCACCUGCAGACGCUCCAGCAGAACAGAGGUUCCUCCAGACGCUCCUGUGCUCCUGCUUUCUCCAGGAUGUCCCAGCAUGCCCCAGGUGAACCGGUCCGCCAGAGAGUGUCCUCAGAACUCCAAACCCUCGGGCCACAGAACCGCUCGGAGACUCCGUCCAGCAGGGGGCGCUCUGAGGUGCAGGCCGACCCGCAGACCAGACACCAACGGCUGGAGGCCAGUAGGAGCGUCCACGCAGAGGGAGCUGCUCAUGGCGGGGGAUGAGCAGACGGUCCUCCGGCAGUGUUAUGACAGUGUCCAGCGGGAUGGAGAGCUGAUCCGGGUUCGAGACACGGUGCUCCUGAAGUCUGGACCGCGCAGGAAAACACUGCCGUACGUGGCCAAGAUCUCCGCCCUGUGGGAGGAGCCCAGAACAGGAGAGCUGAUGAUGAGUCUGUUCUGGUACUACCGGCCGGAGCACACACAGGGAGGCAGAGAUCCCAGCAUGCACUGCGAGAAGGAGAUCUUCGCCUCUCGGCAUCAGGAUGAGAACAGUGUGGCCUGCAUUGAGGAGCGCUGCUACGUGCUGCCGCUAGCACAGUACUGCAGGUUUUGUGCCCUGGUCAGGCGUGGUGUGGAGGGUAUGUGUGAGCGUGUGCCACUGGUGCCCCGCUGCUCUGCCAUCUCUGUCCCGAAUCACAGAACUCUGCCCAGCGGCGUGGACCCACAGCUUGUGUACCUGUGCCGACACGUGUACGACUACCGAUAUGGACGCAUCCUCAAGAACCUGCAGUGACCAUCAGGGAGCUCUGCGCUUCUGCUGCAGACACUCAAACCUACCGCUCUGUGUCUCACUGGAGGUUUGGCUGAAUCUGUUCAAUGCCUGUCACCUACACUGGACACUACUGAGGAAACACUGACCUUUCCUUAAUCAUCUCAGUGGAGCUUUCCACAGGUGUGUGUUUCUCUGCAGCAGAACGGGUCAUAGUGUGUAAACUCAGCACAACACAUCCUUAUUCUACACUCCUCUCUGCUGAAAUAAUGAGAGAGAAACUCCAGGAUGGUGUUAUCAAGACUUCCAGAAAGAGGAGAACAAUAG